UUUCAUUGGUUGUUUCGAUGGCUUGCAUUCAUUACCAUGGAUUUCUCGUCGUGUUUUUUCCAGAUCCCGUCCUGAACAUUUAACCAUUCAAUUAAAACACCGCCAAAUACACCGUGUAUUUGCAUCACGGCAGUGAAAAUUUGUUUCUCUCGUGGAUCGUUAAUAAGUGUGUAUUUGCGAUUCUCUGCGUCCAGGUUUAGGGGUUUGAUAAUCAUUAAGUUUUCAGCUGCCAUGUGAAAAAGUUGGAACGGAAAAGUUGGAACAUGGAAUCAAUACUUUGUGCUACAUUGCUUCUUCUGUGCGGCGUGUUUAGUUGUAAAGGUCAAGAAAUGGCGAAUCCACAUCGAGGGGAAAGGUUUAAAGAAGGAACGUUCGUGCGAGUUGAAGGCAUGGCAGCCACACACAUUCUCAAAACCACACAAGUACGCGAUAGUUUCGAGUGCCUAGCUGAAUGUCUGUCACACACAACUUGUCAGUCAUUCAACUUCCAAAUAAAUGGGAGUCCCAAGCACCUUUGCGAGCUGAGUGAUAGUCCUAUAAUGUCCAGUCCUUACUGCCAAACACCAAAGCCUGGCUUCAGCUACUUUUACCCAUUUCAG